CCUGUACUUCCCCAUUCCCCCUUUGGGAUCUCUUUGAGGGCCAACCUAGAAAUCUGGGAGACACUCAAAAGUCCUCCUCUUCUUCCAGAUCUCGUCCGCCAUGGUUUAAACACAUCCCUUGCCUUGUAGGCAAGUCUUUGGAACUCUGCGCCAUUCCUAUGGACUCCCCAGAGUCAGGCUUGGAGCCUCUCACUUCCACUUCGGCUGCAUGUUUCAGAGCUACUUAGCACCCAGCCUUGCAACACUCCAAAUUCUACGGCAAAGACUUGGGACACCUGGAAAAGAGCGGUAGCAGGCUGCGCUGCCCAAUCGAGUUCCUCAAACCAAACCGAGUGGUCUUGAUACGCUGCUGGACAACUUUGAAUGGCUCCUCAUUUAGGACGUUUCACGUUUCUACUCUGGACUUCCUUCUCUUAUUCGAAGAUCAAUAUAAACGUGUAAUUAUAAACGUAUAAAACCCAGGUCAGACAUUUGUGAGGAAUUCAACGCCCAUUCCCGCUGCAGUCAUUCGGCCAGCCGCCCUCCACAUGAUCAGUUUCUAUCCAUCUCCCCACGUAAAUUCUCUCACCCGUAUGAUCGAGGUGGGAGAACUUGGCCCCUUCCCAGUACAUAAGUGCUAGAUACAUGCGGUCUGGGAGCAUGAAGAGUUGGCGAAGUGAGGGAGAGGAGGACUCAGCUGUGAGAAGGACGCUGCAUUUUGGGGUCCCUAGCUGCUCAAGCCGAGCCAUCCACUGGGGAUUCUGCAUCGGCACACCCUCCCGGUCUUAAAUCAGACGCUAACCGGCAGAGGGCCGGGUCCGACCCACCUCACCUCAUCCCACCCACAUUGGCAGAGCGGAGAAUGCGGCAUACAAAUGCCCCGCCACCACGUGGACAGCGGUUCACGUGAGCACGGGGGCCGGGCGUGACCGGCGGGAGUCACGUGAGCGCACGCGGUCACGUGAGCGCUGUCCCUGCAGCCCGGCUUUUGCUUCCUGCUCCGCUCCGAUCUGCGGGCCGAUGGAGGAGGAGGAUGAGGAGGUGCGGGCGCUGCUUGGGGACCGCCCCGAGGGGGACAGCGCGGUCCGGGGCGCCCCGCGCGCUCUGCCCGCGCUCUGCGACCCCAGCCACCUGGCGCACCGGCUCGUGGUGCUGCUGCUGAUGUGCCUCCUUGGCUUCGGUAGCUAUUUUUGCUAUGACAGUCCCGCUGCCCUCCAGACUCAGGUUAAACGGGACAUGCAAGUGAAUACUAUGAAAUUCAUGCUGCUGUACGCCUGGUAUUCUUGGCCCAAUGUAGUGUUGUGUUUCUUGGGUGGCUUUUUGAUAGACCGAAUAUUUGGAAUACGAUGGGGCACAGUCAUUUUCAGCUGCUUCGUUUGCAUUGGACAGGUUAUUUUUGCACUGGGUGGAAUAGUUAAUGCGUUUUGGCUGAUGGAGUUUGGGAGGUUUGUCUUUGGGAUCGGUGGAGAGUCCUUAGCAGUUGCCCAGAAUACGUAUGCUGUGAGUUGGUUUAAAGGCAAAGAAUUAAACCUGGUGUUUGGACUCCAACUCAGCAUGGCCAGAAUUGGAAGCACCGUGAAUAUGAACCUCAUGGGAUGGCUGUAUACUAAGAUUGAAACUGCACUGGGUUCAUCCGGCCAUACGACCCUGGGAGUGACACUCAUGAUUGGGGGUGUGACAUGCAUUCUUUCACUAAUCUGUGCCUUGGUCCUUGCUUAUUUGGACCGGAGAGCAGAGAAAAUCCUUCAUAAAGAACAAGGAAAAACAGGUGAAGUCAUUAAGCUGACUGAUAUAAAGGACUUCUCCUUACCCCUGUGGCUGAUCUUCCUCAUCUGCAUCUGCUACUACGCAGCGGUGUUCCCUUUCAUCGGGCUGGGCAAAGUUUUCUUCAUAGAGAAAUUUCGAUUUUCUUCCCAGUCAGCAAGUGCAAUUAACAGUAUCGUGUAUGUCAUAUCAGCUCCCAUGUCCCCGGUAUUCGGACUCCUGGUGGAUAAAACUGGGAAGAACGUCAUCUGGGUUCUGUGUGCAGUUGCUACCACCCUUGUGUCCCACAUGAUGCUGGCCUUCACCUUUUGGAACCCCUGGAUUGCUAUGAGUCUCCUGGGAUUCUCCUACUCAUUGCUUGCCUGUGCCUUGUGGCCAAUGGUGGCAUUUGUAGUUCCCGAGCACCUGCUGGGGACUGCAUAUGGAUUCAUGCAGUCCAUUCAGAACCUCGGGCUGGCCGUCAUCUCCAUCCUUGCUGGCAUGAUACUGGAUACUGGGGGAUACUUGCUUUUGGAGGUGUUCUUCAUUGCCUGUGUUUCCUUGGCACUUUUUGCCGUGGUCUGUCUGUAUUUGGUGAACCGUGCCCGAGGUGGGAAUCUAAAUUAUUCUGCGAAACAAAGGGAAGAAUUAAAACUUUCUCAUACCGAGUGAGUACCCAGAGGGAGAAAAUUGUAUCCUGAAAAUUUUAACUGUGAGCAUUUUAUUUCAAGUUUGAUUUGGACUUUAAAGAUAUGAGUUGUUUUCUUGAUUUUUAAGAGCUCACAGGUCUGGAAAGAGCAUUACAAGAUCCGUACUUAAUUCAGAAAAUUUAAGGUGAAUAUCAAGUCUUAAAGGCAGAAUUGGAAAAGAAGUGAGCUUGCCUUCUGGGCAGUGCAGGUUGUGGGAUUUGAGUUUAGUGGAGCAAGGCCUGGCCCUCCACCCUGUGCUGGGCUGUGCCCUUCUGUUCUUCCAGUCCGCCUUUUAAAAAGUAAUUAAGGUAACGUUUCAUCUUGCCCUGUGUUCUGCUGUCAUUCUGUUGCUGGGAUAAAAUGCCCUGGCCAGAAGCAGCUUGGGGAGGAAACUGUUUCUUCUAGGUCACAAUCUCAUCCAUCACUGAGAGAGGUCGGGGCAAGGAGCCUGAAGCCGAAGGCUGCCUGCUGACUCCCUCUCACUGGCUCACGCUUACCUGCCUUUCAUGUACAGCCCAUGGCUGCCUGUGUAGGGAUGAUGCUGUCCCACGUGCACUGGGAUGCAUCAAUUAGCAAUCAGGUCAGUGCCCCACAGAUGGGCCCACAGAUUUGCCAGUCUGACCUAGGCAGGUCUUCAGUUUAUUUAAACAGCACGUGUGUUACAUUCUGUCCCUGGGGACUCUAGGCUGUCCAGCUGGCAUCCUAAUAUCAGUAUGCUGUUCGCUUUUUUCAGAUUCCUUCAUAACAGAUGAAAGACUGUAGUGUGGGGUUAUGUUAUUGUUUUAUAAGUACGUGCUAAAACAUGAUGGUAAUUCUGUUUCCUGUUAUUUCUAAAGAUUCUAGCCACUAAACUUAUGAUUUAAAGAUGUAUUUGUAAACAUACACGUCAUCUGAUGUUAAGUUUUGUGACUUGAAUAGGUUGAAGUCUGGCAUAAUAGCCUGUGUUUUUUAAAGCAGGAUGGUGCUCUUGUUUUUCAUGUUAAAAGUUGGAAAUGAAAGGUUUC